GAUGGUUGUGCUUAUCAUAUAUUUCGGUCCUAGAGAAAAUUACUCAGAUAGCCAUUAUCGUAAACACCCUUUAUAAAAAUCGUGUCGGAGAAAUGCUACAGCGCAUGCGUGUCAUUACUACCCACAAUAUGGCGCAGUACAGUGCAAAGCUUGUGAUACUGUGAUGUAAUUAGGAUUAGAGGUUAGGUCCGGUUAUUUAUGAAAUCUAUAAUAAAAAAGAUUUGUGAUAUUCAAUUUGAAAAAGUUUUAACAUAUUUUAUGUAAAAUGGAACGCAUAGUUGGUGGUUUUACUUGUGCAAUGAGUAAUUGCAAUGAAAAUUCAAGAGCAAGUCGUCAUUUAAGCUUUUUUCGAUUUCCAUCUGACCCACAAAGAUCAAAAUUAUGGCUACAAGGAUGUGGCAUAGAGAAGGAUAUUUCACCGCAAAAAUUACACAAUAAUUAUAGAGUUUGCUCUAAACAUUUUGCUCCUCACAUGUUUCUAAAUGAUUUGAAAAUACCCCAGAUAGCACAGGACGUCCUCAGGAUCAUCCUGAAUAUGUCCCGGGAUGUCCUGGAAUCUUGUCAGGAUAUAAUAGUUGUAUUAUUGUAAAUAUUUUAUGUAUAA